UACGGUUUGCGACAAAACACUUGAUUUGAAAAUUGUUUGUCAAUUGAACGCAACAUUUGAUGUCAUAAUCCACUCAUCGCUCGUUCGCCGCUUCUUGGGAUCAAUUUGGGUGACAAUGAGUGAACUCGACUGCGACGACGAUCUCAGCGCUGAUUAUAACGACUACGAGAUCCGUGACUCGGAUGAAGACACUGAAGACGCCUCUGAGACGGAUGUUGUCCUCAAAUACGAUAAUACGGACAAUGAGUACACAGAGAUUAAGGAGCAGAUAUAUAGGGAUAAGUUAGCCACUCUUAAGGACCAACUGAUCCAAUUGGAAGCGGGUCUUCAUCCGGAAUAUGUCCGCAAAAUAAGACGAUUGGAACAGUUGUACGAAGAGAGGGUACUAUUGGACGAAGUGUUUCUCGCUUUCGAGAACGAACGCAUCGAAAGGGAGUACAUAUCGGAGAAGAGGUCAGCCGUACGGGAGUUCGAGGAGAGGAAAGUGGAGUUAAAGGAGAGUCUGCUCUCCGAG